UUCUCUCCACCCGCUUCACCGUGUGGGAAGCUCAAUGCAGCAACAAAACCAACAUACUUAGAAGAAGACGAGGUGGAAUAGUUGGUUUAUAAGACUGGUCUCAUUAUUCGGACGAGGACUGCACCAACAAUGCUUAUUUUGAUGAUGUGGUAUAGGGUGGCAUCUCUUUUUCGAGCGUAUUUUACUCAUCUGAAUUAUUAAUUUUCUCGUCGGUCUGACAUCAGGGCGCAGUAGUUUCUUUUUCUUUUAUCUCGCAACUUGCAUAAUCCCAAGAAACGGCAGUAAUCAACUGGAGUCGAUUUCCGAUUUUCGAUAAUCGGGUUGAGCCGCGACGCGCGAUGGAUCGUUGCGAUUAAUUUAUUAAGAUUUGUAUCAGUUGUUUUUCCUGAACUGUUGAGCGAACCGUCAGUUCAAAUUGCGUCUAAACUGAUGUUCAGUUCUUUUAACGGAAGAAUGUUGGACUUGUUUUGCAUCCAAUUUCACCACUUGCUAUUUCAUCAUUUUAAUUUUGGUUUUGAAACGAAUUAAUUUUUCAGUUCAAAUACGAUGCGUCGUGUUUGAGAUGCCUCAAAAGAGCUCAGUAACCUUGGGAUUUUAUGACACAAUAUAUGUUUUGUACAAGUGGAGCCUGACGAGAGAGGCUGAGACUGAAAUCUGAACCUGACUGAAUGGAAAUAGUCCCUCUCUUGGCGCUCCCAGUGUCCGGUGCUUUCUGAAAAGGAGGAAAUAUUAACAUUGCCGGUUACUAAAUGGUUUACUGGGGGAUUUGUAAAAGGCAAAAUGCUGCUGCUUGUUCUGUUGGCCUUUUCCAUAUCGGGUACAUUUUGUGACUCAGAUUCGGACCUCAGAGCUGAAACCUGCAGCGCUUGCUCCUGCAUGUCCAUCGAGAACGUCCUCUAUGUGAACUGUGAGAAAAUAACUGUGUACAGACCUACACAGCUGCAGCCGCCAGAGUCCAGCCUCUACCAUUUGAAUUUCCAGAACAACCUUUUGUACAUCCUUUACCCCAACUCUUUUGUGAAUUUCACACACGCAGUCUCACUCCAGCUGGGGAACAACAAACUCCAGAACAUUGAGGGAGGGGCCUUUGUGGGGCUUAGUGCAUUGAAACAGUUGCACUUAAAUAACAAUGAGUUAAAAGAACUCCGUGCCGACACAUUCCGAGGGAUCGAGAACUUGGAAUACCUCCAGGCUGACUACAAUUUAAUCAAGUUCAUUGAGAAAGGAGCCUUCAACAAAUUACAUAAACUGAAGGUUCUCAUUUUAAAUGACAAUCUGAUUCAAAGCCUACCUGAGAACAUUUUCCGAUUCGCCUCCCUUACUCACUUGGACAUAAGAGGGAACAGGAUACAGAAGCUUCCUUAUCUUGGAGUUCUGGAGCACAUUGGGCGGAUAGUAGAAUUGCAGUUGGAUGACAACCCAUGGAAUUGCACUUGUGAUUUGUUGCCUUUGAAAGCCUGGUUGGAGAAUAUGCCCUAUAACAUUUUCAUUGGAGAGGCUAUUUGUGAGACCCCUAGUGACCUGUAUGGCAGACUCUUAAAGGAGACGAAUAAGCAGGAGCUGUGCCCCAUGGGGACAGGCAGUGACUUUGAUGUACGGAUGCCCCCCUCCCAGCCUGAGGGUGGGCUAACCAUGUCUAACGUGGCACCUUCAACCAUUGCACCUUUAGUGACCAAAGCACCCAAAACUACCAAUCCCUCCAAAAUAUAUGUCAAUGGGAUUGUCGCAGUUAAAAAUGGCCAAAUCGUGUCCUAUCAAACGCGAAGCCCUCCCCUCUCCUGCCCCCAGCCCUGCACAUGCAAAGCGCACCCUUCUGACUUUGGCAUUAGUGUCAGCUGUCAAGAAAGAAACAUUCAGAGUCUAGCAGAUCUUGUACCUAAACCGCCAAAUGCCAAGAAAUUGCACCUUAGUGGUAAUUACAUCAGAGAUAUCAGUCCCACUGACUUCCAAGGGUUUGAAGGUUUAGAUUUAUUACAUUUGGGCAGCAAUCAAAUAUCCACCGUCCAAAAAGGUGUUUUCGCAAAUCUUACCAACCUCCGUAGGCUAUACCUAAAUGGAAAUCAGCUGGAGCAGCUGCACCCUGAAAUGUUUCUUGGGCUUAGUAACGUCCAAUAUCUGUAUUUGGAGUACAAUGCCAUAAAGGAGGUGCUAGCAGGGACAUUUGAUUCCAUGCCAAAUUUGCAGCUCUUGUAUCUAAAUAACAAUGUGCUCAGAAGCCUGCCUGCUUACAUCUUUGCAGGCGUUUCUCUUGCCAGAUUGAAUCUAAAGAACAACCACUUCAUGACUCUGCCUGUGAGUGGCGUCCUAGACCAGCUCAAAUCUCUCACUCAGAUAGACCUAGAUGGCAACCCUUGGGAAUGCUCUUGCGAUUUAGUGGCUUUGAAACUCUGGCUUGAAAAGCUGAAUGAAGGGGUCGCGGCCAAAGGGGUCAAGUGUGUGUCUCCAGUGCAAUUCUCCAACAUUGAGCUGAGAGAGCUGAAAAAUGAGAUCAUGUGCCCGAAGCUCAUAGCCAGGCCUCCUUUCAUCCUGACCAGCGCCACCCCUGUCCUCACAUCGCUGUCACCGGCUGGAGUUGGCAAGGCACCUCCCAGUGGUCCUGUGCCCUUGUCUAUUAUGAUAUUGAGUAUACUGGUAGUUCUGAUCCUCACUGUCUUUGUGGCCUUCUGCCUGCUGGUCUUUGUGUUGAGACGGAACAAAAAGCCAGCGGGAAGACAGGAGGGACUCGGCAACCAGGAGUGCGGCUCCAUGCCUCUCCAGAUCAGGAGGCACAAUCACAAAUCUAACAAGAAGGACGACCUGGGUGGAGAGACCUUCAUCCCGCAGACCAUCGAGCACAUGAGCAACGCUCACACAUGUGGAAUUAGAGACUCAGAGUCAGGCUUCAAAUUUGUAGAUUCAGAGAGACAGAAAAUGAUGUUAUGCAACAGUGCCGACAAAGAAAAGGACUCUCUACCCCUGGACCCCAUGAACAGAUUAAGCACCAUUGACGAGCUGGACGAGUUCUUACCGAGACGAGACAGCAUGUUCCUCCACAACUACUUGGAGAGCAAAAAGGAUUUCAACAGUAUAGGGUAUUUUUAGGCAUCUUGGGAUGACAAUAUCAAAUGGAGUGGAAGAAAUGGAAGUUGGCAAAUGCUUGAAAGUGGUGGAAUACCCCAGACUCCCCUCUCUUGGAUUAUAUUUUGCCACUUUUGGGGACUUGAAACUCUUGGAUUUGAUUAUAUAUGAAGGUACUGGCAGCCAACAUCCAUACAUUUUGGAUUAUCCCAAUUACCUGUAAAGAGCCAUUUGAUAUCGUUCUAUUGAAAUGUGAUUCUUCUUGAAGUGUUUGGUUAUGGCACAUGACAGGUCAUUCAUGAACUCAAGAGAAACUAAACAGCUGCUUGCCAUGUAAGCGUAUCUGGAUUUAUUUUGUAAGUCAACAUUGUUUGUAUUUGUGGGGCAGUUGUGUAAAUUACAACAGUCGACAAUUUAUUUCAACAGUCUCAUCAAGAAAAACAUAGUGGAUUCAAGAAAAAUACGGGAAAAUCAAAAAAGAAAAAAAAAACAAAAAAAACAUUGAUGACCACUGUCACCUGUCAAUUCGUAGUUUAACUUCAUAUUUAAUUUAUUUUUCUAUGCAGAAUUAUUUAAAGACUAUUGGUACUAUUUAACAAUUUCAAGGGACAUUUUGAAUGCUAUAAGUGAUACAGGCUCUUAGUUCAAGCUCUGAAUCUAAAAUUCUCUUCUGACCUGAGUUACAUUCUGAAUUCUGCUGGUGGCUGACCGACAGAGGUAUACAGAUGACGGUGAUGUCAUUUUCACUGUCACGUUGCACGAGGUGAGACCUCCUAGCAUAUCACAUCUAACAGUUUGCUUCUUCUUAUAUCCCAGAGCAACUUGUAAAAGGUUUCUUAUUAACAAUAUGCAACCAAAUAAGUGUGCAUUAACGUGAUAUGAUUCUGGAUAGUGCAGAUGCAUUGUGGGAAUAAAGUACUAAUUGGCUGUAAUUUAUUGUACUUGUGGAACGGACUGUGUUUUAUCGGCACAACUGUGAGACUUAACUCACCUUAUGAAAAGGCUGCAGAUUUGAUCAGAAUCAUAUCACUUUUCAUGUGCAAUAUUAUUACGCUCAAUCAUGUUAGCUUGAAAUCUUUAUUUUGUUUUCUGUUCAAAUGAAUAUUACAGAAAGAGAGAGCUUGAUUUUUAUUUUAAAGAAAAGGCUUAA